AAGAAUAGAAACGCUAAUACCUUCGACGAAGAUAUCAUGGCCACUUCCCGCUAGAAGGGCAUACGCAUGUUUACAAAUUUGUGAUAGAUAGACUUGAAGCAGAAGCAAGGAAGGAGAUGAUUGAUCUGAGAACGUGAAUGAUUGAUUCUCUGAGGAAUAAUACGUUUGGUAGCGCAGGUUUCAAAAGAAAAUAUACAAUUUGCGCUGCUUUGGCGUCAAGGUAUUUCCAGCUUAUGGCCGGUAAGAAAAGAAUGGCUCAUGGGGAUAUUUUUCUUGAACACAGAAACAAGAAUAACAGGCCAGUACAUCAUGUUCCAUGAUAGGCGGCAAGUAAAUCGUCAGAUAAAAGCUUAUUUAUAAAACAGACCGAAGACGACUUAAUUUGAGACGGGAGGGGUAGUGGUAGCAGGCUGAGCGGCGGGCUGAGCGGCCACUUCAGCAAUGGAAGCCCCGGUGCCAGAGAGGUCGGUGGCCGUUGGGUUCUUCGAAUAGUAGUUGUUGAUGGCCGACUUGAUAGCAUCCUCCGCAAGCAUGGAGCAAUGAACUAUCUACUUUGUCAGCAUUUGACCAAUUUUAUGCAUGUUAAUGACAAGACUCACGCUUGACUGGAGGAAGACAAAGCUCCUUUGCGAUCUCGGUAUUUCUGAUCUUGGCGGCUUCUUCAAGCGUCAUGCCCCGUACAAGCUCGGUCAGAUAACUCGAGCUGGCGAUGGCACUUCCACAGCCAAAUGUCUUAAAUUUGACGUCGCUGAUGGUGUUGUUGCUCUUGUCGACUCUGAUCUGGAGUUUCAUCACAUCACCGCAGGCCGGAGCUCCGACCAAGCCGGUUCCAACGUCCAUGUCGGUUUUUGACAUUGAACCGACAUUCCGUGGGUUGCUAUAAUGAUUUAACAGUGCAUGAGGUCAGUCAGACGAAUCGCUGAGUCCGCUAUGCCGGCAAGGAAGAGGAAACAUAUCUUUCUCAUGGUAGCUUCUGGUUGUUCGGAAGGUGAGCGCAGGCACCGGAGCGAGUGGCGUCAAGGCCGGCCGUGAUACAGCCGGAGACGCGAUGCAUCUGGCCGCUCUGGGAGCAAGAGAAAUGGCUCGUCUGAACAUUGUGAAGGAGUGUAUGAUAUGAUAUUCUCAGCGUGUGGGUCUGCCUGGGCGAGAGAGCGAGGGCGAACGAGAGCGACGAGGAAGAAAAAGAGUUGCAACUUAUCUGAUGGAGCAAAAGUCGGAGAAACCAAGAGGAUCAGAUAAAGUCGCCUCCGAUGCUCCGCUGCAUCACAUGAUGUCACGUGAAAGCACCAGCCAUCCUAUCACAACCGCGAUAUAAAGUAUUAGCUAAAAAAAGCGACGACGACAUCAGAAAACAGAGGACGAGAGCGACAGCGAGCGGAAGGGCGAGAAGACCGAGCAUCCGUCCGUCAACUGUUCUCUAGAUCACAAUAGUGGCAAUGAAUCCCUCACGGGGAAGCAACUUUGCCGUCAGGCUGCUGGGCCAGCAUCGCCCAAUCCUUUCUACCACUCUGCCGGCUCUUUCUAGCUCCAGAUUCCAGUCGACACAAGCUGCGACUGAGCAGUCGAGCGCCCUCCAGUCUACAGCCGGAUCUGUCCCUGCGCGGAAGCCAAGGAGAGAGGUGCCUCUGCCCAGCCAGGAGAAACCCCAGGGUGUCCUCGACUAUGCCUUGACUACGCUUGACCAGGUAGCCAACUGGGCUCGGCAGGGCUCUCUGUGGCCUAUGACCUUCGGGCUGGCAUGCUGUGCCGUAGAGAUGAUGCAUCUGUCUACACCCCGAUACGACCAGGACAGGCUGGGAAUUAUCUUCCGAGCAUCGCCGCGUCAAUCCGAUGUGAUGAUCGUUGCUGGCACAUUGACGAACAAGAUGGCUCCGGCCUUGAGGCAGGUGUACGAUCAGAUGCCGGAACCACGAUGGGUAAUUAGUAUGGGCAGUUGUGCCAAUGGCGGUGGAUACUAUCACUACAGUUACUCUGUCACUCGUGGAUGUGACAGAAUUGUGCCUGUUGACAUCUACGUUCCUGGUUGUAAGUUUCAACUUCGACUUGGAAAGUGCUCAUGGACUUUGACUAAUGACUGUGGUCUAGGCCCCCCAACGUCUGAAGCGCUGAUGUACGGUAUCUUCCAGCUGCAAAGGAAGAUGCGAAACACAAAGAUCACUCGUAUGUGGUACCGACGAUGAGCUGGUUGUGCUGUGUGUGUUUUAGGGAAGAAAUGAGAAAUGGAAGAUAUCCUGUAAAGUACUUUCUUUGUACAGCAACUCGGUGAGUGUGAAUGCCUUGAGUUCACCUCGCUCUAGUUAUCGCGCUCUUUCUUCGUCUUUCUUUUUUCUUUUC